AUGAAUUCAAAUACUCCAACCGAAUUGUCUCAUGUAGACGGAAGCUUAUCAAGAUGGAUGCCUCCACGACUAUCUACUCUUUUAACAGAUGAUCUCGAAGGACACGCAACUCCUCCAAGAGAAGGUCGCGUCGACCGUCUCGUGAUAUUCCAUUUUAUGAGACACGGACAAGCAUAUUCCAAUGUCGGGGAACUUGAUAAUCGUGGCCAGCUUCGAGAUCCAAAGCUUACAUUUGACGGCAUACGGCAGUGUGAACUGGUCAGAGCUGUUCUCAACUCCAAUUGCAAUAUCAAGCAGAUCUAUUGUUCUCCAAUGAUCCGCGCAAUUGAAACAGCUUUGACUACAUUUAGAGAUGUAAUCAGGGGUUCAAGCGAAAAGCCAGCCAUCCAGACUACGGCCUGGGAUGCACUUCGUGAAUGGGGCUCUAUCCCCUGUUGUACCGGCACACCAAUAGCCAAGCUUCAAGAAAAGUUUGGCCAUGAAGUAGACUUCAGCCUCAUCAAGCCUGGUUGGGAGUUCAACAAAGAAAAAUACGGAGAUAAAUCCAGGGCUGCUCAGGUCAAGCAAUCGCUCUUCAAAAUCGCUAGGAAUGUGCAAGAGUUGACUCGGCGUGGCUUGAUAUCUGAUAUCAGAGACGGUGACUUCUCGACACGUGGCCGAUAUUAUGUGCCAUAUGAGAUAGCAAUUGUCUCCCACGGCGGAUUUUUGGAAACAAUGCUAGAUGCAGAAUUAGGUGGCAAAGCAUCUCAAUUUCCAUAUAGGAAUUGUUUCCACAACGCGAAUUUGAAGUCUUUCUCUUUCGAGACCAUAAAUGGUCCUGGCGGCGUUCGAUACGAAUUGACUGAAACGCGAGAGAGCAAGACCCGGAAAUAUUCCCGCGGCCCAAUACCCCUCAGUUAA